UCAGUUUUAAUUUUUUUAAUUAAAAAAAUAAUGGUCCAAUCUGAAAGUGUCAAAAAGAAAGAAGAUGUUGUUUUUGGCAAGGGAGAUUUUGUUCUUUACAAAAAUAAUUCUAGCGAGAAAAGACAAGGACAUCAGGGAAAAACAUUUAUGAGAAAGAAAGUGGCUGAAGCAAAAGGUCAAGAGCCUGCUACAAUUUGUAUUGGCAAUAAUAAUAACAACAACAGUCAAAGAAAGCGUGUCGGAUCACAAUUGAGCACAACUAGUGGCAUUGAUGGAGGAACUGAUCAUGGAUUCCUUUCAUGGAGUUCUUUUAGAAAAAAACCAAAUGGAAAUGCUGAUUUUGAAAGUGGCGACUUCCCUCUAUACGAUAAUGAACCUGUCCACAAUUUUUUGGCACCAUAUAUCAGUGGCUACACAACACCUGGGCCGAGGGAGAGGGAAGCAAGCAAACAGAAAAAGGUGAAAACAUUUCAAAUUUUAAUUAGUAAAAUGUUAGGAAUACUCGAAUUUUUGUCAAAAAUUCGAGUAUUUUGUUUGGAGUAG